AUGCCAACCGGGUCGGUGGGCGGGACUCCUCGGGCUCAGCCGCCGGGUCGCCCGGGGCCGGCUGAGCUUCCCAUGGCUUUGGCCGGGCCCGGGCCCGGGGCCCCCCACCGCCGGAGCCUCUGCACCCGUUCUAUCUGGCUGGCGAGGAAGAUCCGCUCAGACCUGACUGCCCUCCUGGACUCUUACGUUGAGCACCAGGGCCUGAGCGGCCACCUCAACCUGGAUUCCGUGGCCGGCGUGCCCCCGGCCAGCACGGACCGCUGGAGCGAGAUGACGGAGGCGGAGCGGCUCCAGGAGAACCUCAGAGCCUACCGGGCGUUCCACGCCCUGCUGGGCCAGGUCCUGGAGGUCCAGAGAGCCCUCUUGACCCCGACUGAAGUUGACUUCCACGAGGCCAUCCACGCGGUCCUGGUCCAGGUGGCCGCCUUCAUCUUCCAGCUGGAGGAGCUGAUGGGGUUCCUGGAGCACGCGAUCCCUCCGCACGAGAGCCCCGGGGCCCCGGGCGGGGCCCAACUGGGCGCCUUUGAGAAGAAGCUGCUGGGCCUGAAGGUGCUGCGGGAGCUGGAGCAGUGGACGCUGAGGUCUGUCCGGGACCUCCGUCUGAUCUCGUCCCCCAGCCACGAUGGGGUUCCGGUCCAUGCCGGCCAGAGGCUCGCUGAGGUCCAAAAAAUGUGAUGGCCACCCCCUCGGUCACUCUCUGGACCACCUCUCCUCCCACCUUUCCUCUGGCUCCUCCUCCCGUUCCCCCACCUGUGGUCUUGGAUCAUUUAAAAAUAACGAUCAUGAUAAUGAUACAUGUUAAGCGCUUACUAUGUGCCAAACAGUACUAAGCGCUGGGGUAGAUACAGCUAAU